AGCGCGAAAUUCGUAUGUUCGCGCGAAAUUGCAAUUCGCAACGGCCAACAGGCUGUCCGACUAGAACGCGCCGUAUAACGCGCCUUGAACUCGGCGCGUCGAUUACUUUCUUAUCGGCGCUUGUUUUAAUUUCAAGCCAUCAUAGCGUGCGUAGCGUGUUGAGAUAAGCGGACGUAAAAGAUUCGACGGCGUAGCGUCGCACGAUGAGAGAACACCUGCGCGCAGGUCGCACAGUCGCGAGAGAUCGGACAGUCGGAUGAAAUAUAUCAUUCCGUUGCAGCGAAACCAAAAAAGCGGCAGAGCUCGAGGUAACGGAAACGCCAUGUCGCUCGUACGUCGAUUCGACGCCGCAAAUUUCCGAAUUCCGUUCCGGAUAAGUCGCAUCGCAACGCUGGCCGUGAUAGCCGCGGUAUUGUUCGCGCAAUUGUUCGCGGGCUCCGUCGCCGCCGCGCGACAAGUGUCGAGCUCAAACGGCGGGAAGCGUCAUCACAGCGGACGCUGCUCCGCCAGAAGAUCAAUGGGACAUAUCCCUCUGACGGGUAUCGUCGGCAAGGAACUGGCUAUCACACCGCAGGACGUUCUUUCGCGCUUAGAAACCGCCGCGAUCUUACGAGAUCACUUCUUGGCGGCGUUAGGCCACGUGCUGUUGCUCUGCCUCGAGGACGACGCGAGCGUUCCCUUCAAGCUCAUCCACGACAUGGUGCGGACUCGUCAGGUAGCUGCCUACGACCUGCUCAAUGUGCUACCGAUGCUGCGCGGUAAAACGCCGUUGCAGCAACUCUACAAACUCCUGCAGAUGUUGGAGAGGGUUGGCAGCCGCUUCGUCUCGGAGUACGCGUCGCUCUGCAUAAACGCUUUCCCGGAGGCCGGCAUAGAACGAGCACUACUUGAUGAUAUCUUGACAGACAUGGACCACUCGACGCUAGAGGCGAUCUCUCUGGACAAACGCCGGCCAGGCGAGAUUCCGUUGUCCCUGCAAGCGGCCAUGAACUUCUUGCUGCGAGCAGCUCGCAACAACAGCGAGUUGCUGAACCUGCGUACCGCAUCAGCCAUGUUGUUGAAUUACCCAUCGUUCGACUUCACGGACCCGGAAGUCCCCGGCGCCGUCAGGUUCGCGGCGUUGCAGAUGAAAGAGCGGUCGCGCUCGGCGGAUCCUCUGCUGGAGUACAUGGAACCGAACCUGGAGAGCGCGGAGGAUUUCCUGCGAGCUGUCCUCGAGCGCUUUGAGGUGGACGAGCUCUCGUCCGAAAUCAUGAGAGAAACAGUCUCGUUGCUGCUUCAGAAUCUCGGCGUGGAACCUUUCUCGGUCGUCCCUGCUUGGAAGAAUGAUUCAAAAAAAAUCUUGACGAUGAUCACGUACGAUCGUUACCCACUUGACGUCGUCAUCGUGGCUAAAAGCCUUGCGGAUCAUUUGGACGACUCAUUUUUUCAGGAUCUCGACAUUGGCUUCUAUGAGAGCGGCGAGCACGCUCUUCUGCAGGUGCUGUCGCGACUCCGUGAGAAAUCGAACCUGCAGGAACUGAGGAAACCAUUGUCGCUGCUGAUAUCCUUCGUCUCUCAGAGGCUGAUGAACGAAGCUGUUCACGAUUACGCGACACCAAUGAGUUUCCACGAGGUGAUUAAUUACCUGGACUCUUUCGAUACUCCGUGUCUGCAGCAAAAGGUUAAAGACGCCAUGCAGACGCUGCGUUCACUCUUGACGGAGGACUUGCCUUGGACCUACGCGUUCGGAGACAGACGCGAGAGCGAGGAUCCUCGGGAACUAACCUUGACUUCGCUGAUUCGCCUGCGGAACGUGCCGAUGAGCAAGCCGCAAGCGAACGCAAUCGACGACGUUAUCUACAAAAGUCGCGUCCACGCCGUGACCGGUAAACGAGGACAGAUCUAUGACUAUGGCGUGGUCUUCCAAAGAGACGACUCGACGAACGUGGAGGUUGACUUGUUCUCGUUGCUGAUGCGCAUACCAGACGCCUUCAGGAGCGAGAAUUUCGCGCCGAUGUUGAAUUUUCUGUCAAAGCCAAACUUCCUGGACCUUCUCGGUCGAGAAUUCAACAAAUUCGAGUACGAGACUCCCAGGAGUCUGCUUUCAGCAAUGCUGAAGAGAGCACUCGCGCUCUCACCCGUCAAGUCCGACGAGUCUCUCUUCAGAAUCAUCAACAACGCUCGGAAUUACCUCGAGGAGCCGUUGCUGGUUAACUUGUACACCACGGAAGACCUACAGCAGUUGCUGAAGAAUCUACCGGGCAUCGACAGCGACCCGCGAUACUUACCAUUGAAGAUACUCUUCAAGAAGCAGAAGUUACUCGCGUAUCUGUCAUCGACGUUUAGCAUAGCCGGUGUGAACACGCCGACGGAGAUUCUGUUGCUGAUUUUACGCACAGUGGCCCUGAAAGUCACGCAACCAAAGCUCGCGGAAGCUUUGAGCUUCGCGCUGGACAGCUUCGACGGACCCCCGUUACCACCUCGGCCUUUCGACCACGACGACUUCGUGUAUCUGUUACGACAACUGUUGCCGCACAACAAAGCUCUGCGAAACGAGAUCCUGAACUCCCCAGUGUACGCUCACAUCGGCGACUGGAACGUGUCAAUCAGUGGCACCCCCGAGACCGUUCUCGCCAGGGCGCUAAGUUACCCCGUGAAACAGAUCGCGAACAACUCGCACCUCGCUUAUGUGGUGAAGCGAGCAGAAAGUAUUAUGAGCGACAAAGGUGUGGUGGAUGUCGACAUCUUGAAGGAAAGCACCUUGAACGCGAUGGUGGAGUAUUUACCAAGCAGCACGUAUGCGAAACCUGUGAGUCUGCUGCUGAAAAAAGCAAGCUUGAUGACGCUCGUGCCGCAAGUGGAUCUCGCGACUUUGGAAGCCGGCGAUAUGCGUGACGCAUUGAUCACAUUGCUGAAGGCUCUGGCCGAGUCUCCUAUGAUACGUGCUGAGAAACUGCUGUUGAGGCGCAUCAGAGCGGUGUUAAGCUCUCUGGACGGCGUGGCGGACAACUCAACGGAUCAUCAAACGCCGAUCUUGGCAUACUUGGUCCAAUCGUUGCAGGAUCCAAGUAGCGCGGUUUAUGAGCCGCUCCUGUCGCACCUGAAGACGCAGAAUGUAACGAUACCACCCGAAGAGCGACAAGUUUGGUUGGAGCUUUACCUCCGGCGUAUCAUCGACGAGAAUACCUCGGAGAACCUGAAGAAGGCCGCGACAAUGGCUUUAAAAGAGAUCGUGUAUGACGAAAACUCGGACGAAAAGACGCGCGCCAGCAAGACGAGGAUCGAAAAGGCCGUGUCGUUCUUGCCGGUCGACUUUUUCACCACACCAUUGAGGAAAUUACUGACGCCGGACUGGGUGUAUAGUAUCCUUCCAGAAGAUGUGAGAAAAUCCGAUAUUCUGGAAAAUGAAGAACUGUUGCUGGCAAUAUUACACCAUGUUAAGCAACGAUCUGACAUCGCUGAUAAUCCUGCGCUAAUGAAAGUCAUCUUCAAGGUCGAAAUGAAGCUGAACGGAUGGAGAACGAACGUCGAGUCGUUGAGAAGAACCGUCGCCGCCGUGAAGGAUGCUCUUUACGAUCCCGUGAAGAACCUCCUCACUGUCGCCGGCUUGAGUAAGAUCAAGGUUACAGUUCCUGUCGGCAAAUCGCCCAAGGCGGCGUUGUUGGAACUAUUACACACUUUGUUGUCGCACACGGUGAUUCAACGAAACAACAAAGUCUCCAAACUGCUGAGCGCCGUCAGGCAAGACGUAAUGACCUUCGGAGUGGACGUCGACUUAUUGACUGUACUCGAUAAGGUUGGGAUCGGGUAUACGAGCGAACUCGCUCCCAUCAGACGGUUCUUGCACAAGAAAAACACCAACAACAAAAUCGUACGAACCGUUUUUGCAGUUGCGAAUCCUGAGAAACAAUACCGCGCCUUGCUGAAGGUUCUCCAACAGCAACGCGACGAGAUGAACAACACGCGAUUCCUCGACGCGCUUUCGACACUGAAGAAUACUCCGAUUACUGCAGCACCGGCUGAUGUCCUACUUUCGGAUCUGAUAGACAUAGUAAAUACCAUUCCGAAUCAUGUCAGGCAACGAUACAAGUCCAUCGAGUACUUGUUUAACAGUGACAUCUUGUCCCGUCUCACGUACGAUAACGGGAUUUUAGAAUCAGAUAACCCGUUGAGCACUUUGCUUUUCAACGUAGCAGGUCUGCCGGAAAUCCGCGAUAACUAUACUGUGACGAGCAAAUUGAAGGCUAUGUUGUCCGAAAUCGAACGACUGAACAUUCGCCAGACCGUCACGGGUGCUCAACUCAAACCGUUGUUGUUGGAACUUCGACACGUCCAACAGAUCAACGUGGACUUUUUAAAUCACGUCUUAGAGCCUGAAAUGCUGAGCUAUCUAAACUUGGACGAUCGCUCUGUCAUGACUGAGGACAACGCCGAACUACUCCGAAUCAUCAUCGACUCUCUAUUAGAUCACGAAGCGAUACACGUCGACGUAGACAUGCGAAGACACUUAUUGUCCUUUAAGAAAGCUUUGAUGUUGACCAUGAAUGUCGAUACGACGACGUCGAAGAGUCAGCUGACCGAUGAUGACUGGAAGAUGAUGCUGAGUCUUGUAUCGCACAAGAAGGACUUUGCGCCUAUCAAAAUCUUUCUGCAGUCUGAAGAAGUCCUCAAGUAUAUCCCUGAGAACAUGAACUGGAAGCUAUAUACCACUCCUGCGAAGAAACUGCUUUAUCUACUGUCUCUGAUAGAGAAUGACGAGAUUGAGAAUAGGAACGUCCACCGGUCGGCGAAGAGACUACGUGAGAAUCUGGAAAAGCGUUUCAACUUUGUCACUGAGGAGGACGUGAGGAGCAUGCAUCGCACUUUGGCGAGUCUUGAUCUCAAGUACGAUUUGGUCCCGCUUAAGAUCUUCCUAAAUCACGACAAUAUGAUCAAGUAUCUGCCGUCAAAUUUCAAGUACGGCAAAUACAGCACGCCGAUUCACGCUCUCGUCGUGGUGUUGGACAACUUGCUGCAGGUGCCCAGUUUGAAACGGAGAGUACUUCUUUACAAGACUAUGACGUUCACGAGGCAGUCUUUGAUUGAACAGACUCAAUCAAGGCGAUCAUUGAGCUCCAACAACGAGACUAUCGAUCGCUUGUCCACUGAAGAUCUCAGCUUCGUCAGCCUGUUUAACACGUCAUCGCCAAUGUUACGCGAGUUCUUGGAUCCGCGGACACUAUUGAGUCUCUUGCCGGAAUCCUUUAACUUUCAUGGCCGACCAACGUUUAAGACGAAGGCGUUGUACUUGCUACGUCAGUUGCUGAGAACGAACACCGAUUUGCAAGUGGAAUUAGAGGCACUUCUUCGAGAAGUACUGGAGUAUCCGGACGUGCCGAUCAUCACAAAAGAUGACCUCGAGCCAAUCUUGAAAAUAAUUCCCACCCAAGGCAUACCUCACAUAGAACUGGUGAAAAAAUAUCUGAAACCAUCUGUGCUGGUAAAGCUGUUACCUGGAACUUUCGAUCCGAAAAGAGCGAUUAAUGUCAGAACAAAUUUGCACGAUAUCCUGCUGCUGCUGGACGUCACUCUCGGCUCCAAGAAGACCGAAAAGGCCAAGAUAGCUAUUCACGCGCUCAUCGACGAACUGAAGAAGAUAAUUCCCACUGUGAUACUGGAAGAAGCGGCGAUCGAUGCCAACGACGUGAGAUCAAUUAUCCUGGAGAUCCCGUUCAAGCGGUACAAGCGGAUCGAACAGAUGGAAGCUCAGAUGACGACCAAGAAGGUCAUCGCAGCCUUACCGGCGAAUUUCGAACUGACCAAGUACAAAACGAAGAAACUGCGACUACUGGCGAUCUUGGACGAGUUGUCCAAGAGCGAGAGUUUCCGCUCAUCUGCAGACUCCAUUAAUUUUAUGCGCAGGAUCGUCCGCAAGAUGCCGGAUAUGCCGAAGAUGAACGACACGGAAAUCGAGAAGAUGCUGCUGCAGUUGCCGUUGCGCUCCUUCUAUGUGAAGCACUUGGUGACGAAUUGCCGGUUGAACACGUUAGUGGGCUACCUACCCAUUAGUUUCGACCUCAACAUUCUGGAGACGCGGAAGACGAAGAUCGCCAAGAUUCUUCACUACUGCAAACUAGCGAAUCCCGUGGAUAUCAGCACGAAGCAGGCGUUGACCAACGCCGAAGCGCUCUUGAACAAAAUGCCCGAUUUCGACGUGACUCAGGAACACGUGCGGGCUCUGAUAAGGACAAUACCGUGCACCCACUUCACCUCGAUCAAACCACUGCUGCGGUAUCUGUCUAAGGUGGACGUCACAUCGCUCCUCAGCUGGGACUUGGACGUGUACAAGGUAACGACCUUUAAAGAACGCGUGCUCGACUUGCUGACCGCGUUGAAGAAUACGCAUGAGCUGCAGAACGACAAGAUGUUCUCUGCACUCGACGCGCUGCAGACGAACGUAUGGUCCAUGCCAGACAAGGUGAACGUCUCCGUGGAUUACGUGAACAAGCUGAAGGCGGCGGAAGGGAUCGUCACGGACGCGUGCAAGGAUUACCGCGAGCUUGUGAUGACUACCCAGAAUCUGGAGAAGAUACUACCGCCGAAUUACAGCUUCUCGCCGGAGCGCACGGUGCAGCACGAGUGGUCGUUGAUCGUCUAUUUCUCGAAACUAUUCCUAAGAGAGGUGAGGCUCAGCGGCCCGGUGAAGAACGCGUUCGAGGCCACGGUAAACCUCCUCCGCGAUCAGGGGAGAACUCAUCUGCUGAACGGCAUACGGGAGGGUCUGCAGCAGGAACCUUUCAAACAGCUGAUUCCGAUGAGACUGUACACCCUGGGCCACGAGAAUAACUUGACCGGACCCAUCGAGGACGUGUACCGCGGCUAUUUCCACGGAUCCUUGUCGAGGAUCAUGCGAGUGGCGUUGAAGGAGUUCAUCCGUCGACCGGAUAUCAUCAAGAGCAAAUCGUUGAUGAACGAUCUGGAGGUGUUCCUGCACGACUACGUCAUCCUCCAUCUGCGGGAUUACCCGUCCAACUACGAGAUGCGCCAAGCGAUCGACGAAAUUCCGAGCGAACAGAAGUACGAUGAUCUGAGACUCCUUAUGCAAUGUCAAGACAUGCAGGAGUCGAUUGCACAGCAGUUUGUGCCGGAAGACGGCACGUCGAAGCAGUUGCUCUUUAGUAUGCUGGAACUGGCGGCUAACAGCCCUGUCGAUCUAGCAAUCAGAGAGGCCAUUGCGUCGCUCAAGCCGAUUAUCCAGCGCGACAUUCGCCAGGAGGAGGCAGAGUUGGUGCUGAAACAAAUGCGCGACUACAGAUAUCACAUGGGCAAAGUGGAAGCCAUCAGAUCGCACAUCGUGAACGAGGGCUUGCAGGCGAUUCUGGUUGAUUAUCGUGUCAAGUAUCCCACCUUCAGAGAGAGACUGGUCGCGCUCAGCGAUACCUUGCAGACGACACUCUCGGCGAAUGUCACGAACGAGUUGCGCGAAGCAUCGGACUACCUGAAGAGAGUCCUGAACAACGAGCUGAAGAUCGAGCACGUAAUCCCGCGGACAAUAGACGACAUCAACGUGCAGACGCUGUUCUUCGCACUGCCAAAGACUCGCGACGAGAGGAUCAUCCGCGGUAUCAUCAGAUUUUUCUCCAUUCCUAACUUACUACGCGAACUCAAGCUGCCCAAGAAUCCCUUUGAAUACGUGACUAAGGGUCAACUCCUGCAGGCUCUCAUGGACUUGGGUCAAGGACUGCGAACGGUGCAGGAGGACCUGUUGCAACAAGAGGCUUUGGAGUAUUUUAGGGAUAAGAUCCUGAAGACCGGUCCGGGUGCACAGCCGAUUGAACUGAAGAAAUACGCAGCUAACUCGAACAUGCACGUGGACAUGUACGGUGUGAUGAGAGCUAUCGAUUACGACAAGAUGGACGAAGCCGGCGCGGUGAAGGUGGCGAUGUUCUUCGAGAACAAGUACAACAAUCUUGUGCACGCCGUUGGCUUUGAUCAUUUGGCCUACGCGACUAGGGGGUCGUAUCUGAAGGCGUUGUUCGAGCAUCUCGUCAACGUCUCUCAGAUAUCCGACGACGUGAAGCAGCAAAUGAGCAUGUUGAUACCGCUAGUGAAGCUAGACGGUCCAGGGGAUGAAUCCGUCGACCUGAACGACGACAUAGCGCCGGCUACAAGGAUAAUUGGGGAGUUUCCGGAGCCCUUGGACUCCAUGCACGGUAUUGAAUCGCGGUUCUUCGGAUUGAGUGAGGACACAACGAAAUUGCCGUAUUCUAUCUUGAAGAAGAAAGAAUCCUUGGAGACUGCCGUUCACGACAUGCUCGAGAACAUCGCGUCGUCCGAGGAAGAUGGCAAGAGUGGCGAUUCGGCGAUCUCUUAUCACGAAAAGACCCAUGCCGCCGUUUCUGAGCGAUCUCGCAACGUCACUCAUGAAAUCACUCGACAGAAGUCGUCGAGCUCGUCCAAGCGGACGAGCAAGCAUCGCACGCAACAGCAAGUGCGGAACACGAUGGAGGACUCUGAUUCGUCUUUCGAGAAAACGAAGGAGAACAAAGGGAGGCCGAAGAUGGCGGGCCAUGGCUCGACGAAAGUGCCGGCGGAGAAUCGUGCAGACGUAGAAGUAGAUGAGAAAAAUGAUCAAUCGACGGAAGAAUCGUCGUCGAGCGACAACGUUUCUUCCGGCAAAUACCGGCUCGAGUACGUAGCGUCAAGUGGAGACGAACGUUCCAGGGCGAAGAGUGAUUCUUCCAGCCGAGAAACGAGAUCCAGCGGGCUCAGUUACGUCAACGUCGAGAUCGACGACUCAAAUAUGUCGGACAGGCGAAUAGUUAAGCCUCUUCCGGUGGCGUCGCGGGAACUGCCGACAGAGAAGACGCCUCGGAAGUCGUACGCACUCCAUCGAGAGAGUCGUAAGUCGAUUAACCGCAGACUCUUCAUUCGGCCAGACAGCAGCACCGAUAUCGAAUUCGAGGAUAAUUCCGAUCACGACAACGUAACUGAAAACGCGGCGCCGGAUCUGAGGAUGUUCCGCGACACGUUGCGGAAGAACGAAGAAAACCUGUCUCUCACGAAGGAGCUGAUAGACGAGAAAGCGAAGAAGAAUUCAACGAGGAAGGCGGGAAUCGUGAAGAAGGACCUCGGCAGAAAGCGGAAAAACCUAAACGAAGAAACGUGAGAGGCGACGAAAAAAGAGAGGUUCGACGCAAACUUAAGUCGUUUGGUAAAUUUAUUUAAAUGCAUUUAUCGAAUAUUUGUCAGAUAUCGAGAGAAAGAGAUGUCGCCGUCGGGAAGCCUGAGAGAAAACGCGACGAUGUCAUGUCGCUUGAUCGUCGAGUCGACGAGAGCGAGAAAUCAUCUUAUCGAUUAUAAUUGAGAACAGAUGCAAUGAGACGAGAGAAUAUUUUUAGGUAGACUAGUUAAAUAGACGAGUUAAAUAAAAAUUCUUAAAAGGCAAAAUAUAUAUUUAUGAAAAAAAGAUAUAUAUGUGAUAUCUGUAUGUCGAUAUCAAAAGUACUCAGAUAGAUUUUCAUGAUAAUCAUCACGACGUGAAAUAAUCGAUGAUCGAAACAAUUUUCUUUAUCAAAUUUAUAAAGCAAGUAUAUUGAUUAUGACAAUUGACUUAGGUGUCUAACAAACUGAGUUUAGUUGUCAUAACCAAACAUUCUGGUUGCUUUAGCUGAAAUGUGAUUAACUAUUCGUGAAUUGACUUUUUUUAUGUGCACUCAUGAGAAACGCUACCUUUACAAGUCGAUUAGUAAAGUUGUUGCCAAAUUUAUGUACACCUGCCUAUCUGGGUAAUUUUAACGAGGCAGUAAUAAGAGCGACGGGCGUUCCGCGGAGAGUCGUCGGUUGUUAAUGUAAUUUACGUGAGUUUUCCCUCCGGCUCUCACCGGACUAACCAGGCACUCGUCUAACCGAACGUCAGCAAAUCUCAAACGGCGAGAUCCUUUCCGGUUUUCAAGCUCCGCUCCACUUUCGGGUAACGGCCGAACGAACGGUCGACCGCGAAAACACCAAUCAUCGUGGCUCGAAGAUCCCGGUUGCUCGGCAUAAAAUCUAAUAAUCAGUUGUCGCUCGACCAUUCUUCACUAGUAAAAACCAAGAAAACUAAGAAAAGAAUUCGCCAAAUAAGCUCUUGCACGAUUAAGACAAGAAAAGACAGAAAAGAAAGAGAGAGAGAGAAGGAUCACGCACCGAAAAAAUGUUUAACAUUUCUUACUAUAUAUGACUACUGACUAAUCACGUAGCAAAGGAAUCAUAAUCGGAACAAUUUUUUGGAGUAUAUUUUUUGUAGUAUUAUAGUAUUAACGAUAUCCAGACAGCGUUUAAGAUAUAUCAAAAAGAAGCAUUCCAAAGACGUAAAUAAAACAAAGUAGAAUAUAACUUUAAGAUAUUUCUAAGGCGUUUAGACAUUGAUGCUGUAUAUUUACGCUGUAUAUAAUAAUCUUAUAUGUGUAUCGCUGUUAUCACUUUUUUUUGUCAGAGCAAAAAGAAGAGAAUUACUAUGAUCUUAGUGACUUUAGAACCACCUUUUUCUCUCAAUGCGCUCUCGCGAAGAAUUCGGAACUCCCGGCCGGAAUAUCGGGAUUGACACGCGUAUUAACGCGUACAUAUCCCACGUUCAUACCGUCUGUCGCAAGAGAAAGCGAGAGAGACAGAGAGAGAGAG